AUGACGUCCAAAGCUAGUGCUCCUUGGUCCAAAGACAAGCAUGAAUAACAACGAAAUGUGUUACAUUUGAUUCUUAAAUAUUAUAUUCGUGUGACGUUUGCGCGGUUGUUGUCGCUUGUUAGCGUAUCUUUCGUGAGUCUGUGAGACGCGUCAGUGGGUGGGAGUGAAUUCACACACGUAUUUUUAUUAUGGAGAUUCUGGGCAGCACUUUUGAUGAUUCUGUGUUUGAGGAAUCACGCAACAGAGUCUCAGCGGCAGCUCUGCCUACAUACGAGCCCAAACUCUGCGAACCUCUGUGGUUUUGUCACAAUGAAAAUAUCGAAGAUGCAUUACAGGAGCAAAAAACCCUUAAAUAUCGAGGGGAUCUGGCGUACAGGAGAAAACAGUAUCAGUUGGCUCUGGAUGAGUACACAUCCUGCCUCUCUCUGGUACCUGGUGGAAACACAUCAGUUAAGAGAGAUGUGCUGGAAGGGAUUGCACGAUGUUACUGUCAUCUGGGAAGAAAAGAAGAGGCUCUAAAUGCCUGCGAGAUGCUGAGGCUAGAAGUAUCCAACACCUGUCACCUCACCUGCCUCCUUCAGUUGGAACUGAGCAUUCAUGAACAUUAUAGAGAUCUUACAAACAGCAUCUCCAGCCUGCAGCAGUUGUGCUGCCUGCAUCCGUACCACCCAUGGCACUGGCUGAAUCUGGCCAAGAGCUAUCAGAGACUCCUGGAGUCUGAUACCUGCUCAGAGAGAUCCAGACAUUUCCACCCCAACAGAACUGAGAAAGAACGUGACAAGAAAUCGAUGACAAAUAACAUUUUAGAACUGAAGACCAUCAUGUGCUUUAUUAGAACAAGGCUGCUCAUUGACAUCCUGAGGAUUCAGCAGUUCUCAUUUGUGCUGGAGAACAGCCAAAGGGCUCUUCAAGACAUUGAGGAAGCACUACAUGUUCUGCAGCCAGAGGAGAAAACGCUUCAAACGAUUUCUGAGCUAAACAGACGCAACAACACCCAUGAUGUCACAUAGAUGGUUCAGAAACCUUGUCCAAUCAAAUGCUUUCUAGAACUAAAUCGGACCCUCCCCCAGCAUCUGUUCAGUGCGCCCUUGUGAAUGGGCUGCAACAACACGGGAGCUGGAUGCGAGAGAAGUUGCUGGAGUUUUAUUUAUAUUUUGUGUGCAGCCGGAGGUUUCUUUAUUCUUUUUGCUUAGUGUAAUGUGAUUCAAAACAGAGAUAUAUUAUUACUCGCUUUAUUCAUCUUGCAAAAUGGCUCCAGCGUCGUGGAAAGCAAAGGCCGUGAUGUGCUGUGUGCGUUUGUGGGCUGGUUAUGGAUUAAUGCUGUCAGAUCAUAGUUUGGUUCUAAAAGUCAGUGGAAAAGCUGGCCAGUAUUGAGAUCGUUUCUCAAGUUUCCACUGUAAGCGGCUCUGACAUUAGCAGCAUUGUGGAAAGGGGUGUGUGUUUGUGUGGGUGUCUGUAAACUAAAGCCCUUUGGCUAGUUUUAAAAGCUAUUUUUCCCCACUUCCUGUUCUAGUAGGAAAUGUGUCAAAACACCAAAUCGAACCAUGCUCGUCAGAGCUUUUCAAGGGGCCUUUAAGUCUUUUUUUAUCAUAAAUUUUCCUCCAUUCCCAAUAGGGGCGAUAUGCAUGGAGAAUGUGAAUCACCAAAAACAUAAGGAGAAAAAAAAAAGUGAUGGAAAAGGGACUUAAAUAUUGAUCUGUUUCUUGCCCGCACCUAUCAUAUCGCUUCAGAAGAUAUGGAUUUAACCACCAGAAGAGUACUUUUAUGUUGCCCAUAUGUGGAUUUUAGAGCUUCAAAACUUUGUGUUCAGCAGAAUAAAGAAAGUCAUACACAUCUGGGAUGGCAUGAGGGUGAGUAAAUGAUGAGAGUAUUUUCAUUUUUGGGUGAACUAUCCCUUUAAGGAUAGUUUUGUGACUUCAGUACAAAUGAAAGUGAAUGCAUACAGGUGCUGCCAGCUACAAUAAUGACUAAUAUAGUAUUAUAGAAAGUUGUUCAUACGACUUGUGCACUAUAUGCCAAGUCUUCUGAAGCUACACAAUAGCUUUGUAUGAGGAACAGACCGAAAUUUAAAUCGUUAUUUACUGAAAAUCUUCCCCUCUGCACUUUUAAAUUUCAAACUUUAAUUAAGAUCUGUUCCUCCCACAAUGCCAUAGUAUGUCUUCAGAAGACUUGGAAUAUAGUGCAAUAGUCAUAUGUAAUAUUUUUGAUACUUAUGGUGCUUUUUUUUUUUUUUUUUUCAUUUUUUGGAGUGUAAGAGCCCCUGGUCACUGUAUGGAGUCAUUGGAUAGAAAAGAGCAAUGUUAAUAUUAUUUAAAAUA